AUGACAUCGAGGGAGAGCUUCAAAUUCGAGCAGAAUGGCUCCAAGCAGCAACACAGCUUGACUACGAAGGAAAUAGUGCGUGAGCAGAAUAGAAAGGCAGCAGCUCGCUUCAGACAGAGGCAAAAGGACAAGUUGAGGGAGUAUGAGAAGCAAAUCCAGGACCUGACUGCAAAGCUCAACGCUGCUGAGAAGGAAAAGUCCACAUACGAGCUGAAGUGUGGCGAGAUGGAAAAGGCCAUGCAGCCGGGCGAGACCCAUGACGAGCUGGCCAAGCGGGAAGCGUUGGCAGAGGCUCUGACGCGCUUCUGCAGUGUUGUGCGCAAGGGCCAGGCACGCAGCAUUGAUGAGCACGAGCUCCUGACAGCGUCCGGCAAACUCAGCAUGCAGCACAUCCUGCCCAUCUACAACGAAUGCGCGCAGGAACUGGCGAGGUGUCUGGCCGACGGCGGGGAAAGGAAGGGCACAGAGGCGUACCUGCGCAUUCAAGAGAUCAUCUCAGCGCGGCGCAACCUGUUCCAUCUGAUGGGCUGGCUGGACGCGCAACUGUUCCGCAGAGCUGCAGCCAUGCGCUACGGUGGCGCCUCGGAUGCAGAGCCCUACACAGACCCCGGCAAGGACCACUGGCGGAAAGUUGUGGAGGCCUCGUCCUACACGCCAGAGCAGAAGCAGGGGCUGCUGACGGCGCAGAACGUGCUGUUUGCGCGCAUGCAUGAGAUCCUGGAGGCGCGCGAGGCCAUCAUGAACACGCUGCAGGCAAACUUCCCCUGCGCUGAGACGGAACACAAGAACGCGCCGCUGUAUGUGCAGGCGUGCAAGGCGGCGGAUGACCUGAAGGCCAAUCUGGAGGAGGAGUAUGUGGCCGUGCGCGAGUUCAUCGUGGAGUUUUGCCGCUGCAUGGACUUUGUGCAGCACGCCAAGAUGCUGGUGGCUGGAUAUCCGUACACGCCGGACGUGCUGGCGAUAACAGGCAUCCUGCGGGAGGAGGCGGGGGCCCCGCAGAACAUCAAGAAGGAAAUCCUGCUGGAGUCCCUGCCGGAGGCCAGCCCCUUCAGGAACCUCAGCAGCGCCCUUGCCUGA